UCCUCAGUCUCACUGCACCAAACACACUUCUCUCUCUCUCCUCUUCCCCUCACUGCCUUCUCCUCUCUGUUUAUAUCCAACACGCAACAAAAGUAGCUUCAUUUCAAAUUAACUUACAGCCUCGCCACUCCCAAAUCCAAUCUUCAAAUGGCUGUCGACUCCUCACUCUCUCCCCUCGGCCCACCGGCCUGCGACAAGGACGCCAAAGCGUUACAGUUCAUUGAAGAAACUACCCGGAACGCCGACGCCGUGCAAGAGCGGGUGCUGUCCGAGAUACUAGCUCGAAACGCCCAGACAGAGUACCUUAAACGCUUCAAACUCGGCGGCGCCACCGACCGCAAAACUUUCAAGUCCAAACUCCCCGUGAUUACCUACGAGGAUCUCCAGCCCGAAAUCCAACGCAUCGCCAAUGGUGAUCGCUCCCCCAUAUUGUCAGCUCAUCCCAUCUCAGAAUUCCUCACCAGUUCUGGGACUUCAGCUGGAGAGAGGAAGCUGAUGCCAACAAUUCAGGAAGAAUUGGAUCGUCGCCAAUUAUUAUACAGCCUUCUCAUGCCCGUCAUGAACCUUUGCGUGCCCGGUCUGGACAAAGGAAAGGGCCUAUACUUUCUGUUCGUAAAGUCCGAAACAAAGACGCCGGGCGGGCUUUUGGCCCGACCCGUUCUCACCAGCUACUACAAAAGCGAGCACUUCAAGACGCGCCCGUACGACCCGUACAACGUGUACACGAGUCCCAAUGAUGCAAUCCUUUGCCCGGACUCCUUCCAAAGCAUGUACGCCCAAAUGCUCUGCGGCCUUCUCGAGCGCGAAAAAGUCCUCCGCCUCGGCGCCGUUUUCGCGUCCGGUCUCCUCCGCGCAAUACGGUUCCUGCAGCUUAACUGGCAACAGCUGGCGGAAGACAUUCGGACCGGGACUCUCAGCUCUAAAAUAACUGACUCGGAUUUGAAAUCCUGCAUAGGCAGGAUCUUAAAACACGACCCGGAGUUGGCGGAUUUCAUGUCCAAACAGUGCGGAAACGAAAAUUGGGAUGGGAUUUUGACCCGGAUAUGGCCAAACACGAAAUAUCUGGAUGUGAUAGUGACGGGCGCGAUGGCGCAGUACAUUCCGACGUUGGAUUACUACAGCGGCGGGUUGCCGAUGGCAUGUACGAUGUACGCAUCGUCGGAGUGUUAUUUCGGACUCAACCUCAACCCGAUGUGCAAGCCUUCUGAAGUUUCCUACACGAUAAUGCCAAACAUGGCCUAUUUUGAGUUCCUUCCCUACGAGCCAAACUCGGUGAGUGGCGGCGGCGAGUCGGGAACCAGACUCGUUGACCUCGUCGACGUCGAGGUCGGAAGAGAGUACGAGCUGGUGAUCACCACCUAUGCCGGGCUUCACCGGUACAGAGUCGGCGACAUCCUCCGAGUCACCGGGUUCCACAACUCGGCCCCGCAGUUCCACUUCGUGAGGAGGAAGAACGUUUUGCUCAGUAUUGACUCGGACAAGACCGACGAGGCAGAGUUGCAACUCGCCGUCGACAACGCCUCCAAGCGCCUCCAGAAAUUCAGCGCUAGCGUGGUGGAGUACACAAGCUACGCCGACACGACGACAAUCCCGGGGCACUAUGUGAUCUACUGGGAACUUCUCGUGAAGGACUCGGCGAACUCGGAGGGCGAGUCGUUCGACUCGACGAUGGACCAAUGCUGCCUGGAAAUGGAGGAAUCGCUUAACUCGGUGUACCGGCAAGGUCGAGUGGCGGACAACUCGAUCGGGCCGCUGGAGAUACGCGUGGUGAAGAGUGGCACAUUCGAGGAGUUAAUGGACUACGCGAUCUCGAGAGGCGCGUCGAUUAACCAGUACAAGGUGCCGCGGUGUGUGAAUUUUACCCCAAUCAUGGAGUUACUAGACUCCAGGGUAAUUUCCAAGCAUUUCAGCCCAUCUUUACCACACUGGACUCCUGAACGGAAGAUGCGAUAAAUAAUAAGUCAACGAGGUGGUGACCGUUAGUCUUCUAUAUAAAUUUCUUUUCUUUUUUUAGUUUGGGAUAAUUUAUGGGUUAGGACUUUUUAUUAUAUUUUAUUAGAUAAAUGGAGAAAAAAUCGUAAGCGGCUUUUUUGUGAUGGGGUUCAAUUCGCAAUUGAGUUGUGCAAAGAAUGUAAAUGAAUGGUUGCCUUCAUAGUCAGCGGCUUUUUGAUCA